AUGUCAGCAUUUAACAAUUCCAGUACUAGUACUGACCAAAACGAUCCGAAUAAAGACAAAUCAAAAACUCCAAAAUCUAAAGAUAUGCAUUUACCCAUAUCAAGAGUACGUACCAUCAUGAAAAGUACACCAGAUAUUGAAAACAUAGGAUUACCAUCAUUGCAUGUUGUCACUAAAGCAACGGAACUAUUUAUACAAAAACUGGCACUGGAUGCUCUCAAAGGACAAAGACACUUCAGACAUUUAGAAUAUAACGAUCUUGCCAGAGCUGUUGAAGAAAAUGAAAAUAUGUAUUUCCUUAGAGAGGUUUUACCUAAAAAAAUUACUAUGGCUGAAUACUAUAAAUUGGUUGGUAAAGAGUCCUCAGAAGAUGGUGAGGACAAUGAUAACAGUUCACAAACAUCACAUUCUUCAUCAUCUUCAGUAUCAUCAGACAAUUAA